AUGGGUCACCAACCAGUUAUUCGGAUUAUCCGGUAUUUACUUUACCCGUUGAAGAGCAAAGCAACUAGAGGUCACGGCCUCCGAUACGAGUCUCAACCAAUAUACACCGGACUGUUCCGCCUAGCUGCCUCCAGUGGGUUGGACAAUGCCGGAAAAACGACCAUCCUGAAAAAGUUUAACGGAGAGGACAUCGACACCAUUUCCCCCACGCUGGGCUUCAACAUCAAGACCCUGGAACACAGAAACUUCAAGCUGAAUAUCUGGGACGUGGGGGGGCAGAAGUCGCUGCGAUCCUACUGGAGGAACUACUUUGAGAGCACGGACGGCCUGAUCUGGGUGGUGGACAGCGCCGACCGCCUGCGGCUUGAGGACUGCAAGCGCGAGCUAUCCACGCUGCUGCGGGAAGAGAGGCUGGCCGGAGCUACACUCUUGGUGUUCGCCAACAAGCAGGACCUACCGGGGGCUCUCUCAUCAGAUGCCAUUAAAGAUGCACUGGACCUGGACAAUAUUGAGACCCACCACUGGUGUAUCCGGGACUGCAGUGCGGUGACGGGGGAGAAUCUGCUGGUCGGCAUCGACUGGCUCAUGGCCGACAUCUCCUGCCGCAUCUUCACCGCCGACUGAGCCUCCCC